CGGUCGACGGCCGAUCCCCUGAACCUUCACUGCCCACCCACCCGCAGUUAGCUCACUUCCCACUCACACACUCCUUCACUGCCCAGUACCCACCCCACUGCCAUCGCCCCCACCACCGGUACUACCAGCAGGUCCAGCGCCACCAUCGCCCUACGCCCCCACAGCAACACGAGAAAACCACCGCAAGCACGCGCCCCGCUCCGCCCCGAGACGCGACGGUGGAACCCGGCAGGCACGAGCACGGCGCGCGGGCACAUAGCCCGAGCGCGCGCGAUGGCAGUCGGAGGGCGGCGCGCGGCGGCGGCGGCGUGCGGGCGGUGGUGCCUGGUGAUCCUCGCCGUGGCCUCCGCGCUCGGCGUCUCCGGGCCCGCGCUCUACUGGCGCUACAAGAAGGGCUUCUCCUCCGCCGCCGCGGCCGCCGUCUCCGCCCCCUCCUGCCCGCCCUGCACCUGCGACUGCCCGCCGCCGCUCUCCCUCCAGUCCAUCGCGCCCGGGCUCGUGAACUUCUCAAUUUCAGCUUGCGGCACAAAUGACCCUGAGCGUACCAAGGAGAUGGAGAAGCAGUUUGUUGAUCUCCUCAACGAGGAACUCAAGUUGCAGCAGGUUGUAGCUGAGGAGCACAUCCAUCACAUGAAUGCCACACUUGUCGAAGCAAAAAGACAGGCUACCCUGUACCAGCGAGAGGCGGAGAAGUGUAACGCGGCCACAGAGACUUGUGAGGAAGCCAGGGAGAAGUCUGAGGGGGCAAUCUCAAAGGAGAGGAAACUGACAGCACUGUGGGAACGCCGAGCUCGCGAAUCGGGUUGGCAGGAUUCUCGAGCCGCGACCGCCGCACGAUAGCUUGGCAAGCAGUUUGCUUCUGCAGGUAAAAGUAUUUGCAGCAGACGACAUUUUUACCACACCGUCACCGAGCAACGUUAGCUGUAAUGGUCCACGUGUAAUGUUUGCCAGUGUAUUAUGAGUUGUCCCAGUUGAAGUAUAGUUACUCUAGACACUGUAGAUUCCUUAUAAAUGUAACUAGUAUACAUUGUUUAAGUAUGCAAGCUUUAUUGUAACGUAUAUUGAAGACAUUCAGUGUAGUGUUGUGGCUGUAGAUCAAAAGGCGGUUUCUGCCUUCGACGAAAUUCAGUAAUGCAUCUGCAGUUUGAUUCACA